AUGCAUUCCCCCCUCGUUAAAAAAAAAAAAAAAAAAAAAAAAAAAAAAAAAAAAAAAAAAGUCGUUCCGUUAGUCGAGCGUUGGUGUCGAUUAUACUCAGCAUCAUCUCACAAUAAAAUGCCACCCAAAACUAGCGGUAAGGCUGCCAAAAAAGCGGGCAAGGCGCAGAAGAAUAUCUCAAAAUCUGACAAGAAAAAGAAGCGCAGGAGGAAGGAAAGUUACGCAAUUUACAUCUACAAAGUACUGAAGCAGGUACAUCCCGAUACGGGUAUAUCCAGCAAAGCGAUGAGCAUCAUGAACAGCUUCGUCAACGAUAUUUUCGAACGUAUCGCUGCGGAAGCUUCCAGAUUGGCACAUUACAACAAACGUGCCACGAUAACUAGCAGAGAAAUUCAGACAGCCGUACGACUAUUGCUACCGGGAGAAUUGGCCAAGCACGCAGUCAGCGAAGGUACCAAAGCCGUCACCAAGUACACCAGUUCAAAUAAUAUAGACGUUGUAUUCGCUUCGACGGUUUAUACGGUUCGAAAAAUAAGAACAAAAAAAAAACGGUUCUUUCAGAACCACUAUGUUAUGAUAAAAUGCAAAAUGAUAAUUAGCUGUGGUCGUUAUUGUUAA